UCAGCAGAGAUAUUCGUUUUCGUACAGCAGACGAUAACACCAUGCCUGAUCCACCCAAAGCAGCGAAGAAAGGCUCUAAGAAAGCCGUUUCAAAAGCCACCAAGGGCGGCAAGAAGAGGAGAAAGACCAGGAAGGAGAGCUACGCCAUCUAUGUCUACAAGGUGCUGAAGCAGGUCCACCCUGACACCGGCAUCUCCUCCAAGGCCAUGGGCAUCAUGAACUCCUUCGUCAGCGACAUCUUCGAGCGUAUCGCCGGUGAGGCCUCCCGUCUGGCUCACUACAACAAGCGCUCCACCAUCACCUCCAGGGAGAUCCAGACCGCCGUCCGCCUGCUGCUGCCCGGGGAGCUGGCCAAGCACGCCGUGUCCGAGGGCACCAAGGCCGUCACCAAGUACACCAGCUCCAAGUAAACCUGCUGAGACACCAACAACACAACGGUCCUUUUCAGGACCACACACUGCUUCUACUGAGAGCUUCGUUCCAAUGUUUGUAUCUGACCUACAACUUGUAAUGGGUCAUGAACUUAUUAAUGGAUCAACUGGUCUGUCAUACUAAACGACCUAGUCAACUAAUUACUCAUGCUGUAAGAUGGUGAUAUAUGGUUUCCCUGUAGUUUCCACAAUAUUUACAUUAUGGUAUAUUUUACCUGGACGUGGUUCUAAUAAAUGUUGCCAUAAGUUUUA